AUGGGCAUCGGAUAUAGGCCUUGGAGGUCUUUGUCCCCGUCCAAGCACUCGGACUUGCAAGCCCAGCACAGAUCAAGGACAACAGCAGAGCCCAGCAGAGCCCAGUCCGUCCCAGCCCAGCCAUUGUUUGCCAGCCAGUUCAGUAGAGGCCCUUCACCCUGGCCUCGGCCGCAGGCAAAAGCGCAGACACGCCACUGCUUUCUAGCGCCUGAGCAGCCCAGCAAGCCCAGCCAAGGCCCGCUGCCGGAGAAGCUGGGAGACGAGAGCGAGAGACUGGACGCUGGAAGCCAAAAGAAUCAGAGCAAGCCUAAGCCACUGGACAGAGACUGGCGGUACCGGUGCAGUGCAGGGCAGAAGACAGCCAGCCCAGAGACCCAUACGGGGCUGUUUUGGACCUCGAUAUCCUACAUAGACCGUGUCGACCGCGAUAGAGCCAUUGUGUUUCUGCUCUUCAAUUUCUUUGUCCUCGACGUCGACUGUCGCUAUACCCCCCCGAACACCACCACUGACUUGACGCCCCGGUGCUCCGUACUCGCGCAAGACCAGCUUACAAACAAAGCAACCCGUCCUUCUAUCUCACCAGACCUUGAUUACCCCGUCUUACCCGCCUGCUACCGUUGCUGCUACGAUAUCCAAUAUCAGCUUCGACUUCGACAACCGACUCCGACCUCGACCUCGCCGCUGUGGGAGGGAGGCAUGUCGCCCCAGAUUAGAGACCUGCUGCUGCCGCAGUUGGCUCAGGAUCGCAAGAGCGGCGCCAUGGACGAGGGCGUCUCUCUCGAAGCAUGUGACCUUUCAUACGUCUACUAUACUACGAAUUCUUCGUCCUCCGACGUUGCCUCGCCCCUGACUCCCACCUUUUCCAAUCGAGGCGUUCCCCUGCGCUACUCCAGCUCAACCUCCUCUCUCGAGUUGCCGCAGAUCACCCCGCAAGAGGGGCCUGCUUCACCCGUGGCCCAGCAUGCCACGGCCUCCAAAUCCAGCAUCCGCCAGCUGCCUGAUGUCCAGGAAGAGCCUUUGGAACGAGAGGAGGAGCUGGAGGAAGAGGAGGAAUCCGACGAUGACCUGAGCGACAACCUUGGCAUGUACUGUCUAUGCGACCAGGCAUGCGAACACACCAAUACCUCCCAGGAGCUCCUGCACGGCGAGAUGGCGGGCGAGCUCGACAUUGACUACGAUCUCGGCUUUCUCAGCGACAGCGAUUUCUCCGGCGAUUCCCAGUAUCCCAAGAAGAAGCGUAUCAUGAGCGGCGAAUCGACCUUUACUGCCAUCACCUCUCGACUCGGCAACCGCUUCCCCAGCAUUGCGCGAUGGAAGUCUCAGCGAAAGGCAAACAGCAUCACGGGCCUCAUGACCUCGCCCACCACUGAGCGGAGCAUGGAAAACGUCUUGUCUGGAGCCGCUUCCAGCCGCUCGUCCUCCAUGUCCUCUCCCACUCGCCAGUUCCCCGUGCUUCUGGACGACUCGCCUAUGCCCCCGCCGGCCAUGCCAUUCUACGAGACGUACGAGAGCACCGACAGCCUGGACAUGCACUCGGGCGAGUUCAGCCGCGAGGAGCGGUCAGGCAUCGAGCGCGACAGGGCCAUGGCCACGACCCCCUUGCUGCCUCCGCUCAUGACCGACCCGCUCGGAAAGCCUCCGCAGCCCUCUCCCCUCCAGUCGCCCAGCAUUGCGCCGUCGUCGGCCGCCACGGAGGUCCACUCCCCUCGCGUUGUCCCGACUCCCCGGCAGUCUCUCGGCUCCAAGCCGUCCAUGUCGUCUCUCCGCCACGUCUCGGUCAUGACGGAGCUUCCACUGCCCCUGCCGCCGUCCAUCCUACAAGACCAGGACGAGUGGUCCGACCGCCUGGGCCACGCCAACUUUACUAUCACGCCCAUGCCUUAUGGCGUUGACGAGCUUACAGCCGAGUCUGUCACCAAGUUCUGCGACGACUGGGACGCCGCAAGGGUUGCUUACACCAAGCACCUGGUCCGCACCGGCGAGCACUACGGCCAGACGAGCAAGACGUACGGCAUGACGGAGGCCAAGUGGGCCGAGAUUGAGCGCAAGUGGAAGGGUUUCUACACAGACAUUGUGCGCCGUACCCAGCCAAUGACCACGGCCUCAGUCAUGUCUCGCAGCCGCAGCCGAGGCCGCGGACGUGGCCGCUCCGAGAGCGCCAACCCGUCCAGCAAGGCCCAGAGCCAGAACCGCCACGACGACAUCUACGCAGCCAUGCAGUGGCGGGGCAGGAGGGGCUGUUUGCCCAGCGCCGUCCCGCAGAUGCUGGAGGCCCUGGACGCCGAGGGCAAGUUCCCUGGCCGCGGUGACGAAGACAUUGUCGGGCCCAUGCAGCGGGAUGCCUACAUGGUGCGAGCCCGAAGCGAGGAGAAGACACCGCGAUUCUGGAAGAACCUUGCGGAAAAGCUACGCCUCUGA